AUGCGAUCCGCUGUCCUGUCGCUUACCAUCGCUGUCAUAUUCGUUGCCGUUGAAUAUGGCCACACUUCAUCGCCAAUGCAAUACCUGGCUAUGGAAGGCGAUACCGUCGAAAUCUGGCUCGGAAAAUUCCCAGUGUACACGAGACAAGUGAACGCCGGAAGGCAGACAUUCCGCAUAUGCACCGCCAAGAACAAGAAGAACAAGAAGUGCGGCUUCUGGCUCAACCCAAAGACCAAGAAGAAGGUGAAGAAUGCUGCGAUUACGAAGAUGAAGAAUGGCGAAUUUCUAGUGUUGAAGAAUGUGACAAUCCGCGAUGACGGCGUCUACACGUCAAAAACCGCCUACCUCCAGCUCGCUGUUAUGCAAAAACCCAAGCCGCCGCCGAUAAACUAA